GGGGGCGGAAGCGGCAGCCACAGCGGCUGCGGCGGCUGUCAGAGCAGGCGAGGUUGCUGGGUGGAGCGGCCAUGGAGGGUCAGCGCUGGCUGCCGCUGGAGGCCAAUCCAGAGGUCACUAACCAGUUUCUCAAGCAAUUAGGCCUGCAACCUAAUUGGCAGUUUGUUGAUGUGUAUGGAAUGGAUCCUGAACUUCUUAGCAUGGUACCAAGACCCGUCUGUGCAGUAUUACUUCUCUUCCCUAUUACAGAAAAGUAUGAAGUAUUCAGAACAGAAGAAGAAGAAAAAAUAAAAUCUGAGGGACAGAGUGUUACAUCAUCAGUAUAUUUCAUGAAACAAACAAUCAGCAAUGCCUGUGGAACCAUUGGUCUGAUCCAUGCUAUUGCUAACAAUAAAGACAAGAUGCACUUUGAAUCUGGAUCAACCUUGAAAAAAUUCCUGGAGGAGUCUAUUUCAAUGAGCCCUGAGGAACGAGCCAGAUACCUGGAGAACUAUGACGCUAUUCGAGUUACUCACGAGACCAGUGCUCAUGAAGGUCAAACUGAGGCACCAAGUAUAGAUGAAAAAGUAGAUCUUCAUUUUAUUGCAUUAGUUCAUGUAGAAGGGCAUCUCUAUGAAUUAGAUGGACGGAAACCAUUUCCAAUUAACCAUGGGAAAACUAGUGAUGAAACUUUAUUAGAGGAUGCCAUAGAAGUUUGCAAGAAGUUUAUGCAACGUGACCCUGAGGAGUUAAGAUUUAAUGCAAUUGCUCUUUCAGCAGCAUAGCUUGUUCACAAUGGAAGCACCAAAUACUGUAUUCUUUGCAACAAAAAUUUAUGCUGCCAUACAUUAACUCAAAAGUUUUGAUAUUUUCUUUAACUUGACUGAUUAAACUUUAUGUGAAUUAAA